AUGUCUGCUUACCAAAAAUCAAUAUCAGCUAUUACUAAUUCUGAUUAUCCAAAAACAUUCAUCGACAAUGAUGAAUCGAGUCAUCCAACUACUCUUGAUUAUAAAUCAUUAUUAACUAUGGCUACACGUACAUCAUCAUCAGCAACAACACUUCUUCAACGACAUCAAGAAACAUUAUCAUUACUUGAUCAAUCAACAAUAAAACGACAAUCAUUAUCAAUAAAUAAUAAUGAUUCAAUUAUUCCAACAUCUCAUAUUAGUAUACCAUCAACAAUAAAAAAUUUAGCAUUUAAAGAAAAUAUAUCUAUACCAAUAAAUAAUUCAAUAAUUGAAGAAAUUCGUCAUAAUGAUGGACGUAUUGAACGUAUUAAAUCGGAUUUAUCUAAACAAAUUUUAUUUCCAAAUGGUUCAAAACAAGAAAUAAGUUCUGAUGGUAAACAAAUACGUGUUCAAUUUUAUAAUGGUGAUUAUAAAGAAAAAUUAUCUGAUGGUCGUUGUAUAUAUAAAUAUGCAAAUACAAAUACAACUGAAACUGAAUAUUCCGAUGGUACACGUAUAUAUGAAUUUCCAAAUGGACAAAUUGAAAAACAUUUACCGGAUGGAAGACAAGAACAUAUAUUACCUGAUAAAACAAAAAAUAUUUAUUUAACUGAUGGUACAAUUAUAUCAAUUAAAAUAAAUGGAGAAAAAUUUAUUCAACAUCCAAAUCAAACAAAAGAAGUUCAUACAGAUACAUAUAAAAGAAAAUUAUUUCCAAAUGGUUCUAUUUUAACAGUAUUUAAUACUGGUGAACAAGAAGUACGUUAUGCAAAUGGAAAAAUUAAAAUCAAAGAUGCACAAGGCAAUAUUAUUGUAGAAAAAAAAAAUUCCAACAAAUAA